GAUGACCCAUCCCAUCUCUCUUGUUUCUUUCACGAUUUCAAUUCUUCAGCCGCGCACACACACUUUCUCCUCCUUCCUUCGUCCACCCGCCGCCACCCGCCGCCGUCGAUCCUCCCUCCUGCUCGCAGUCGCAGAGGAGGCGGGCUGUAGCUGAAGAACAAGAUGGACUGUGGAGGCAUAUAAGAAUGAAAACAGACAUACAACAGCUUAUAUUUAAAAUGUCUAAGUUGGAAAUUGUGGAUUCCUUAUGUUACAGAGAAACGUCUACCUAGAGCAAUACAUAGAUAGAGAGGAUUCUAACCGAAAACAAUGGCAAGGGCAUUGGGUAGCACAGUUGAUGGACUUCGAAACUAUUCCUUACUCAGAUUUUCACUUAGCUUUAUCAGAACUCUUUCUACAUCUUCUCCAUCAUCUUCUGCUGCUGCUGCUGACACUAGCAAACCUAAGAAAUCAAAGCGAAGAAAGAAGAACUUGUUUGAGGUGGCUCAAUUCUUACCUAACUGGGGAAUCGGCUAUCAUAUGGCCAAGACUCACUGGAAAGAAAUUACUUACGAAAUCACAAAAAUAAAUCUCUACAAGGAUGGGAAACAUGGCAAGGCAUGGGGCAUUGCUCAUAAAAAUGGCUUGCCAAUUGCAGAUCCAAAGAAGAUCAGUGGAGUUCACAAACGUUGUUGGAAGUACCUCCCAGGUGUGGUAAAAGCAUCAGAAAGCUCACCAAACUUAACAAGUCCUGCAGACAGUGGCGAAAAAGUUGAAGUCCUAGCAAGUUGAUGCUUACUAGUGACUUUAGGUUUUAGGUUCAACUUGAUUUUCAUUUGGCACAGUUGUUUUUUACUGUGGUAGAAUUUUAGUCAACCAUAAAAUAUACCUUCACAACCAUGUAAGGUUCUCGUGCUUCUUUCUUUUAGAUUUUUGAUUGAAAUGUGGUUUAAGAGAGUAAGCUGAAUGGAUUUAAAUUUUCGGCUUAAUUGCACUUUUGCUCCCUUAUCUUUCACCGUUGUGCGAAGUCCCUCCCUCAUGUUUAAAAUGAGCAGAUUUCCUCCCUCA